GGAGAAAAGUAUCCAAUGAGAUCGGCGGAUAUUGAGUUGUGGGGAUGUGUCAAAGCUAACCCUGUUGCUACAGCAGCAGCAGCAGCAGCAGCAGAAGAAGCAGAAAAGAGAAAAAUGGAGGAGUACGAAGCUUUUGAAACCUCAUCUGAUGUGGAUCUGUUGCCUUGCAAAAUCUGUGGCAGGACUUUUUUCUUAGCAGCACUAAAAAAACAUUUGCCCAUUUGCCAAAAAGCUGCUGCUAAGAAAAGGAAGGUGUUUGACUCCAGCAGGCAGAGAGCAGAGGGAACAGAUAUUCCUGUGAUAAAACCACUAAAACCAAAGUUACCCAACUCCCGCUCUGCUAAAUCUGAUAAACCAGAACCACCCAAGAAACAAUCAAACUGGCGAAGAAAGCAUGAGGAUUUUAUUGCAACUAUCCGUGCAGCCAAAGGGCUCACUCAGGUGAUGAAAGAGGGGGGGCCACUCCCACCUCCUCCGCCACCAUCAUAUGACCCAGAUUAUGUCCAGUGUCCGUUUUGUGAGAGGAGGUUUAGUGAAAGUGCUGCUGAUAGGCAUAUUCAAUUCUGUAAAGAAAAGGCUGCACGUAUUCCUAACAAAGGCAAGAUUUCUGCUGAUCCGAAAGGAAAACCGUCUGCAAGACCACAGCUUAAACCUCCAGCUCCAAAGAAGACAAACGCUCCAGCCUCAUUGAUAUCUCCCUCUUCCCGUUUACCACAGCUGUCUUCUGCUGGUAAACCCACUGGAGGUCUAUCCUCAAACAGAAACACUACUCCUGUAGCUGGAUCAAUUAAGGGCAAUGCUUCCAGUUUCUCUCCAUCUCGUAUGAAUUCAGCAGGCAGCCAACAGACUGGUAUUGGUAUGAAGUCUAGAGCGCCUACUUCACCAGCAUCUCUGAAGAGUGUAACCUCUGGCGUUCCUGGAAACAGAAGGAAAACCUAUAAUGCUGACAGCUAUAGUUCCAGGAAUGAUGCCAAAAGUGGAUGUGAUGUAUCAGAUUAUUCAGUUGCAAUGAGCUGUGGAGAAAACAAAAGCAAUGGCAGAAAUUCCUCUGGGCAGCUCUCCAAAUUCUGUCAUGAAUGUGGGACCAAGUACCCAGUAGAAUGGGCAAAGUUUUGCUGUGAGUGUGGAGUGAAGAGAAUGUGUAUUUAACAAUAUAAUGAGUUUUUAUUCGUAUAUUGUAAUCCUACUGCAUGACAAAUGUUCCUGAAAAAAGGUGUUGGAUUUUUUUUUAAUGUAAAAUAUUUGCUGAGGGUUAUUAAUCACUGUAUUAAAAGAAAUACAUUUAUAAAUAUACAAAUUAAUUGAGGCCUGCUUUGCAUACAUGUUGGCUGAGAAUUUGCGAAACAGUGCCAUAAAUAACAAAACAAAUGUGUUCUUUGGUUUAUGCUUACUUGUUGCUUUUUAAAUAAUAAUUAUAACAUAUACA